AUUGGGAAGACUGCUGACCUGACUGCUGUCCAGAAGGCCAUCAUUGACACCCUCAAGCGAGAGGUUCUGCCAGUAAAGACUGCAUUUCCUAAGAACUGCCCAACUGGAUGGACCUUCUAUUCUGGUCGCUGCUACUUGUACAAUGCCGCCAGACUGGAUUGGGCUUCUGCAGAGAAAUUCUGUCAGAAAUUUGAUGCACACUUGGUCUCAAUACACAGUCAGAAUGAAUAUCAGCGGAUAAAGGCUCUUAUUCAUACUCAUGACCCCACGGCGUAUCCAACAUACAUCGGCCUCAGUGGCUGUCAGAAGCCUAAGCAAUUUUUUUGGUCUGAUGGCACCAAAUUGACUUUCACCAAGUGGAAUCCAAGAGAACCAAAUAAUGCUAAAAACAGAGAGCGCUGUGUGCAUAUGAACUGGUCUUCCUACAAAAACUGGAAUGAUAUUCCAUGUGACAACACCUAUCCCUCUGUGUGUGCCAAGAAAAGUGUCUGAAACACUUUCUAUUGCAUCUCACCAAAUAUAAUACAAUAUUUUUCAUUUUUUCAUACAAUAUUAUAUCAUUAAAUAUGAAUAUA